GAGUACUUUAGUUCAACAGGAUCUUAGAGAUCAAUUAACUCUCCCUUCAAUGCAACAGUCCCUUUUGUAGCAUCUCUGCUAGUUGGCAUUUUGACUUUGCUUGACUGUUUAUGGUGUCUAUGGUCCUUGCCUUGUGAAAGUCUUUUCCAUUAUAGGGCAACUCUACACAAUAGGAAGGUCAUUUGCCUAAAUAUGCCUCCCUAUCACUUAUAUCUAUAAGCUUUCAUCCUCUUCCAUGAAGCCACAUCAAAUAUUUAACAUUUUAUUAUACAUGGUAAUUAUUUGUGAUAGUAUAAAUGAAGGAAGACAAAUAUAUGUGUGUCUACCUGAAAGAAGAUGAUGAGCAUAUAGUUAGGUUUUAGAACAUGAAGUGGAAGUGAGGGACUCUCUGUGAUUUUUCUCUUAAUGGAGUGCCAGAGAAGAAAGAAUAUUUGAUCAUGGGCUAGAUUAAAUAUAUCUCUAGGGAAUCUUUUUCUGAUCUAAGUUAGUCUAAUGGAGGUAGAGAAGGAGGUACUGCAUCUGAAGUGAGGUAUGUUAACAAAGAAAAGAAAAUUAGUUUUAAUACCUUUCAUAGUAAGUAUUUUAGAGGAAAAUAUAAUGAAUGGGGCAAAGCAUAAGUGGACUCAGAUACAGAACAUUUCUAGAAACCACAUCUAAGAUUAGGCGACUAAAGGGAACAUUCUUUUUGCUUUGUAUUUCAGUCUCAUAGGAGUCAUUGGUAGAAAAUGGUGAGGCAGCCUGUAAAGUAGGAAAUACACGUACUUGUUGAGCGGUGUCCUCUGGGCAGAGCACUGAAAUGCUAAGGGGUAAAAGGAACACUGUGUCUCAGUGGGACAGGAAAACAUGGACUAUACAUCACUCUUUUCUGAUCUUCUUAAUGAAUGACACCUCCCCUCUAAUUGUCAUUUGAUGAUGACUACUGAAAAUUUUGCUGUUUUCUUAUUUUUAGCUAAAAUGGGUACUAGGAAAAAAGUUCGUGCAUUUGUCCGCGUCAAACCCACCGAUGACUUUGCUCAUGAAAUGAUCAGAUACGGAGAUGACAACAAAAUGGGGGGACCAAGACAGACAGCACCCUGCAAACUAGGGCAAGAGGUACUGAAACUAAGCAUUGAUAUUCACUUAAAAAAAGAUACUCGGAGGGGAGUUGUCAAUAACCAGCAGACAGAUUGGUCAUUCAAACUGGAUGGAGUUCUCCAUAACGCCUCCCAGGACUUGGUUUAUGAGACAGUCGCGAAGGAUGUGAUUUCUCAGGCCCUCGAUGGCUAUAAUGGCACCAUCAUGUGUUAUGGGCAGACGGGAGCUGGUAAGACAUACACCAUGACGGGGGCAACUGAGAAUUACAAGCACCGAGGGAUCCUCCCUCGUGCCCUACAGCAGGUUUUUAGGAUGAUUGAAGAACGCCCCACACAUGCCAUCACUGUGCGUGUUUCCUACCUGGAAAUCUAUAAUGAGAGGCUGUUUGAUCUUCUGUCCACUCUGCCCUAUGUUGGACCCUCAGUCACACCAAUGACCAUCGUGGAAAACCCUCAAGGGGUCUUCAUUAAGGGCCUGUCAGUCCACCUCACAAGUCAGGAGGAGGAUGCAUUCAGCCUUCUUUUUGAGGGAGAGACCAACAGGAUUAUAGCCUCCCACACGAUGAACAAAAACUCAUCCAGGUCACACUGCAUUUUCACCAUCUACGUGGAGGCCCAUUCGCGGACACUAUCAGAUGAAAAGUAUAUCACUUCCAAAAUUAACUUGGUGGAUCUAGCAGGCUCAGAAAGGCUGGGGAAGUCUGGGUCUGAGGGCCGAGUCCUGAAGGAAGCUACCUACAUCAACAAGUCACUGUCAUUCCUGGAGCAGGCCAUCAUUGCCCUCGGGGACCAGAAGCGGGACCACAUCCCCUUCCGGCAGUGCAAGCUCACCCACGCCCUGAAGGACUCAUUAGGGGGAAAUUGCAGUAUGGUCCUCGUGACAAACAUCUAUGGAGACGCCGCCCAGUUAGAAGAGACGCUGUCUUCACUGAGGUUUGCCAGCAGGAUGAAGCUCAUCACCACUGAGCCUGCCAUCAAUGAAAAGUAUGACGCUGAGCGAAUGGUCAAGAACUUGGAAAAAGAACUGGCACUGCUCAAGCAGGAGCUAGCCAUCCAUGACAGCUUGGCCAACCGCACCCUUGUGAAUUACGACCCCAUGGAUGAAAUCCAGAUUGCUGAGAUCAACUCCCAGGUGCGGAGGUACCUGGAGGGGACGUUGGACGAGAUGGAUAUAAUCAACCUGAGACAGAUCCAGGAGGUGUUCAACCAGUUCCGGGUGGUUCUGAGCCAACAGGAACAGGAAGUGGAGUCAGCUUUACGCAAGAAGUACAUUCUCAUAGACAAGAAUGACUUUGCUGCCAUUUCUGCUGUCCAGAAGGCAGGGCUUGUGGAUGUUGAUGGACACCUAGUAGGGGAGCCUGACGGACAAAGCUUCGGACUUGGGGUUGCCCCUUUCUCUACCAAACCUGGGAAGAAAUCCAAGUCCAGGAAGACGUUCAAAGAGCAGCUCAGCUCCUCUGCAAGAAAGGAAGGUGCCAGCAGCCCUGUGGGUGGCAAAGACUUGGAUGUUUCUUUCUCUAAGACUCAGCUGACCCCAUCCUCCAAGGAUGGGGAUAUCAAAGACAUGCUUCUGCGGGACCGGGAGACCUCCAACAUCGAGCCCCUUCCCUCGGACUCCCCAAAGGAAGAAUUACGCCCACCCAGGUCUAGCACCCCACCCUCCAAGUCUGUGGCCUUCGAGGACUUUAAGAACGAGCGAGGUAGUGAGAUUAACCGCAUCUUCAAAGAAAACAAAUCCAUCUUAAAUGAGCGGAGGAAGAGGGCCAGCAAGACCACACAACGCAUCAAUGCCAUCAAGCGGGAGAUCGACAUCACCAAGGAGGCACUAAAUUUCCAGAAGUCCCUAAGGGAAAAGCAAGGUGAGUAUGAGAACAAGGGGCUGAUGAUAAUCGAUGAGGAGGAAUUCCUGCUGAUCCUGAAGCUCAAAGACCUCAAGAAGCAGUACCGUACAGAGUAUCAGGACCUGUGUGACCUCAGGGCUGAGAUCCAGUACUGCCAGCACCUGGUAGAUCAGUGUCGCCACCGCCUGCUCACUGAAUUUGACAUCUGGUACAAUGAGUCCUUCUUCAUCCCCGAGGACAUGCAGGUGGCACUGAAGCCAGGUAGCAGCAUCCGGCCAGGCAUGGUGCCUGUCAGCAGGAUCGUGUCUCUGGGAGAAGAUGACCAGGACAAGUUCAGCCAGCUGCAACAGAUGAUGCUGCCUGACGGCCCUGAUUCCGUCUCCUUCUACAAUGCCAAAGUCAAGACAGAACAGAAGCACAAUUACUUGAAAACCAUGAUGGGCCUCCAGCAGACACACAGAAAAUAGAGACUCCUUGUGAGUGCCUUGAAGGACAAGAUCCCCAGCCCUCCUGCCUGCUUUAGUGGAGCUGCUAAACCACCUGCCCAGAGCUCCAACCACUCUGCUCCAAGGCUGGGGCCCAACCCAGAGAAUACACAGUGUGUGCCAGGAGGCACAUCCUUCAAAGGACACCCUUGCUUAUCUUCACAGAAUACUUUUGGUUUCAAUUUACUAUCUUAUAUGCGGGGACAGGAUAAAGUCACUUUCUAGUCUGGACUUUUAGUGCUUACCCAAGAACUUUAUUUCCUGUCUGUGAGGAUGUCUUUGCUGUGUACAGGUAGGGUCAGAACUGAGUGUCCAGUGAAAAAGU